AUGGCUAGUCUUAUUACCAACCCCUGUAUUCGCUUAUCUCCCUACUGCCCGUUAAGUAAAGACUUCCUGCCUCCGAAUAUUCUAUUACAUACUAGUAAUUUAAUAGUACUAUACCAACAGUUCCUUGGUGCCGAUGGUUUCAUAGUACUAACUUGGGUUGAACGGAUCGAGAGAGAAACAGUAGAGAUAGAAAGGGGCGGGGAAAAUCGUCGACCUUUUAGUACUGGCAGAUAUAAUAAGUGUAACGAAGAAUACCCUGCCUGCUACAAGUGCCAAAAGUCGAAGCAUAAGUACUUGGGCUAUAAUACUCUCUUCAAAGUACAGCCAGGUCCUAUAGCCAUUCGACUAGUACCAAGCAUUGUCCCUUCUCAAGGCUAUCUCGUAGCUAUAGCAAACCCAUACGGAAACCAAUCCCAGAUGCUCGGACCGGCUAACAGUAUACCAAUAAUGGGUUACGAUCCAGCUCUCUCUGCGGGUAUUAGCUCUCCCGGCCAGGCUACUCAGAAGCUUAAAUAUACCUCCGCGAUCGAUCCAGUAUUGGAGUCUACUAUAGUAUAG